AGUGGGGGGGCGAUGGGGGUGUCACAGGACGCGUAAGGUUACACUGAGCACAGAACUCCGCUGUUUCAUUUUACUUUAUUAAUAAUCGUAAACAUCAGAAAAAGUAUGUGCGGAUACAGUUUGGUCGCAUUUGCAGCCUUCCUCUCCGCUACAGUUGUCGCAUCAAACGGAGAGGCAAUAGACGAUAUUCUCAAAAGCUUAGAUAACGGAGUACUUUUCUUCGAAAAUCGGUUCAGACACAUAAACCUGGAUGGUGUCGCUGGGUACACCAUACUGCAUGCCAAGCUGAAGGCGGCUGUACGGGUGUGGGAAGACACGGAGCUCGCCGGAGAUCCGAAGGUCGUCGCCGCGGCGGCUCUGGCCGAGAGGCUGGACCGGGUCCUGCCGCUGGCGUACCAGAGACUCCAGGAGACCGAGCCCAGAUACUUCAGAGAAUUCGAGCCUCUGAUGGAUGCUGGUUUCUGGACAAUUCCGCGAAAAUGGAGCAGCACGGACCCCUCGCUGGCCUACUCAGCGUUCAGAGCCAUGGAAUGCUACAACGAGCGGCUUAGCGACAAAUGCAUCACCCUCCUGCUGGGAACAUGGAAAGACAAUGGCACGCCCUGCAUUGUGACCGAGUCCUGCAGGGACACGAUGACAGUGUUUGGCUGCCCAUAUUACUCGCUGUCACACCAGCUGCUCUACUUCAUGAUUGGGAAAAUGAGAGGGUGCUCCAAUAUCCUGCAGGGUGAGAAGAGGCAAACACGUGCUAAUCUGACAGAUGAACACUACCAGGAUAUCUUCUGCUCCAAUAUGAUGAAGACCAACCAGGAGAUCGCGAGGAAGAACUUCUCGGGCCAUACUCGCGACAUCUUCAUUGAAAACAUCAUGCUGUGUGGCGUGACCGGCUUCUCCGACUUCUAUAACUCGGACUGGCUGCGGCACAUCCUGCUGUGGCAGGACCCCGAAAUGGGCUGUUUCGGGAAGGAUGAGGAGCAGAUCUCCCAGGCUCUGGGCCGGGACCUGCUGGAGGCCCUACAGCAGCACAGGCGCGUCAAGAGGAGAGAGAAAAUGCUGGGAGAUGGCUGUUCGAGUCACAUGACGGGAGUGGCGGUGAGCGCGCUCGGUGGGUACCUGAACUACUACCUGACAGAGCAGGACACCACAAAGAUACCUGUGCUUUAAAGAGGCCCCCUUCUCAGCACCUCACCGCAGUGCUGUCUGUGAGGGCCUGCUGUCCCUACUGUGUAUCCUGUCUCUUUAAGAUGUAUAAUAAAUAGUCACACUUUUGUCAUAUAUGCAUUCUUUUAUUAAAAAAAUACUAAAAUGAAAAACAUGUAGCUUGUUGUACAGUGUAUAAGGAUAUACCUACGUGUAAAUGGGUGUCUGUGAUUCCCGGCAUAAAUAUAUGUGAUAAUGUCCUAAUCGCUGUCAAAUAGUGUGAGUUGCUGGUGGAAUAAAUAUUUACACACA